GUCCAAAUUAAAUCGACUUUUCCCAUAGUACCAUGCGCAGAAAUAUGGCGGCGUCCUGACGAGCCUUAGGAUCUGUUUUCAGAUAGUGAGGCAGCCAUGCCUAAGCUGAGGCCGAGGAAGAGUGGCAAGCACGCCACAUGUUCCCAAGAUGCCCUGAAACUUCAGGAGGCCGUGCGUGGCGGGAAGCUUGCGCCGGUGAAGUCGUUGUUACAGAAGGGGCUGAGCGUGAACCAGCGCUGCGUGUACGGGUUCUCGCUCCUGCACGGAGCCGUGGUGAACAGCCAGCUCCGAUGUGUCAGACUGCUGUUAGAACAUGGCGCAUGUGCCUAUGUUAAGGACUACACUGGUGGUUACACGCCUCUGCACUUUGCAGCCAAGUAUGUCCUGACUCGCAUUGCUCAGGUCAUCCUGCAGUAUGACGAUUCUGAACGUGUUGUUAACGCGAGGGGACGGGAUGGACUGACUCCCCUACAUAUCGUGGCCGCUUGUGGAAAAGAAGAGUGCGCCCUCCAGUUUAUGCGCCUUCUGCUUGAGUCAGGAGCGAUAAUAGACCCUGUGACGGACUUUGGCUUCACCCCACUCCUCAUGGCAAUAAAGUUCAGGAGAUAUUCAUGUAUAAAGAUGUUAGUUGAAUGGGGUGCAAAUGUGGACCUCGAGAUGGGGCUGCCAAUCAGAUAUGCAGUGGCGAACAAUGACCACAAACUUUUGAGAAUACUACUGCAGAAUGGAGCCAAGUGUAACUACGGAGGCCCCAAAACGGGACAGACACCAUUGCAUUUGGCAGCUAUGCAAAACAAUGUAGUUUUAGCUACAAGACUCUGGGAGUACGGAGCAGACUGUAAUGCCAAGAACCAGAGCGAGGAAACUCCCCUGGAGGUGGCCAGGAGUGUGGCUGAUGAGGAUACACAGUGUGUGCAGUUUCUAAGAGAUGUUACAUAUAAAGCCCGGAGUCUGCAGGACCUGUGCAGACUGACCGUGAGGUCACAGGUCGGACACAAACGGCUGCACAGACUGGACGAGCUGGACAUCACCAGGGUCAUGUUGAACUAUCUCAAACACAAACACUGACAGCUUGGCAUGGGUUGCCUACUCCAACCAUCCUGGCUUGAUCGGAAGAUUAUUUCUAUCUGCACAGUUUACUCUUGUUCAUACUCACAGUUUUCUAGUUCCAAUAAUGAUAAGUUUAACAAUUAUUUGGCCAUAUAAAAUAGGUAAAUCGUGUGGUUAGAAAGCUUUACUCCAAAACGUUAAGACGGGGAAAUUUGAAUAAUGCAAAAUAUGUUUGUUAUUUUUCCCUGCUAGUUUUGCAACAGAAAGCUGGAUUUGAUGGAAAUAUGAAAUAGUCUACCCAUAAAACUCUGUAGAAAAUAGUUGUAUUUUUCUACAUGUCAUACACUUGCUUUACUCUGCUUUAUGGAUUUGCGAUGCAGCCCCUUAUUGAAGUAAGAAUAUUAAUACCAUAUACCGGUGCUGCUGUCUUACAUUUCCAUAAAGGCUGAAUCAUCUUCUGGAGCUGCUACAAGUUCAUGACACUUCAAAUAUGCUUUUCCAAUGUACUACUACCACUGUAUUGUGUCAACUACAAACUUGGGACACUAAAAAAAAAAAUAUUUUCCACCCCUACUGUGAAAUUAAGUCCCAGCAAAAAAAAGAAAUGAAUUUACAACAGGCCUUUUAUGUAGUUGGAAUGAGGAAGUAGAUACAAAAAAGGUUAGCCAGGUGUCCAGCCUUGUUACAUUUGCUCCGAUCCCUGGGUGGGGUAGCAACCAUUGGGAGCAGACUAAAGCCUAAAGCCUAAAAGCAAAAAGGCUGGACUCCAGGUCUCCAGGCUAAGAAAGGUGAACCAAAGUCAUUCAUGAUUUAUUUCUCAGAAAAUAGAAUGAAAAGGGAGAUAAAGAAACAUUUUAAAUU